GAAGUAAGAACUUCGAAUCUUCAUUCUUUGUUGUUUUCCUUCGACCAAAAGCAAAAUUUGCGUAAAUCCUAAUUUUUCUUUUUUUCAAAGAAAUCAAUGGUGCUAAAUGUUAUCAAAUUGUGUAGUCAUUACAGUGAAUUUCACCCUUUUCUAAUCGUUUGAUUUUUAUUCCAUUAAAAAUAAAGUUUUAAUUCAAGUCAAGAAUUUAAAAUAAAAAUGAGUUCAUUGAAUUCAAAUUACGGAACAAUACACCAGCCUAGCAGUAGCGGAUCAAGUAGUUUUUCACCUACAGAAUUCCUUAUUUUAAAAGAAUCCAUUUCUAAUAAUAUAAUUGUGAUUAAGAAACAGUAUCAUAAACUCGAGAAAAUUCAGAAAAUUAUUGGGAGCAAGAAUGAUACAAACGAGUUGCGAGCAAAAAUUCAGAGUAUCCAAAAGAAUGCGCAUGAUGUGAUCAAAAGUACAUCGUUUGACAUCAAAAAAUUAAAUUCAAUUGUUAAGUUCUCUUCAACUGAGAAAACCCAUCAGUUGGUUUUAGAGAAAAUUGCAUCUGAAUUCCAUGCGAUUGUUCAAAAAUAUCUUCAAUCUGAGAAAUCUCUAUCGUUGAAACUGAAGAAAACAUUGUUGGUGAACAUAAACAACGAUGAUAGCGACGAUGAAGAUGUUACAGCAUCUAUUCAACAAAAACAACUUACGCAGGCGAACUAUAAUUUCGAGAAAGAACUUCUGGUUGAACGUGAGGAACAAUUUCAAAAAAUCGAAACAAAUGUCAUCGAUAUCAAUCAAAUAAUGAGCGAAAUUUCCACUCUCAUACAUGAACAAGGAGAAAACAUUCAAACAAUCGAUAAUUCUAUAUCGCAUGUUGCAGAAGACAUUGAGGGUGGAGUAAGUGAGCUUCAGAAAGCAGCGAACCAUCAGCAGAAAUUUAGAAGAAAAGUGCUCAUCAUAGCUUUAAUUGCGCUUAUUGUGGCGAUAUUUGUUGUUUUUUCGCUUUAUUCUAAGUUAAAAAAAUGAUUAUUUCCAAAAAUUAUAAACCGCUAUAUGCCGUCAUAAUUAAUUAUUAUUAUCUUUAGUAAUUAAAGUCAACAUUAAAAUAUUUUAAAAAAUCAAUCCUACAUUGUUAUUGCUUAUAGAAAAUCAGAAAACAAUAAAAAUUAGAUCAAAAUCUCUAAUCUAG